CUGUCAGCACGCGGAACUGGCCCCUUGGAGGCUCCCGCUUCUGAAGCGUGGGAGGCGAAAGAGGUUGUAGAAUUGGGCUUGGGCCCCGGCGGGCUCCCCCUGGCCAUUCGAACCCAAACGAGGAAGAGGACGUUUUGCAGCGGGAUCGACCCCCAUCUCCAACCCUCCAUGCGGGAAGGGGGGGCAGGGAGUCGAAAAGCUCCGGUGCCCAUCCCAGACCUGGGCGGGCUGGACCGAGACCCUGAGGAUGAGGAGGUGGAGCUGCCGAGGCCGCCUGGCAGGGUUCGGUCCAACUCGCAAGUCCUCAUUGCUAGCGCUGCCCCGGCAGCCGUGGCCACUGUAGCCGGCCGCGCUUGUGGUCGUCGGCGGCAAAACAGCAGCAUGAGUUCCGCCGCUGCCUAGUUUCCUCCCUCGCCUCUCCUCCCUCUAUCCUCGUUUUUCCACACCCCGUCCUCGAUCGUUCCCAUCCCUGUGCUCCUUUCCCCGACCUCUGCCCUCGUCCACUUACCCUCUCUCCUACAUUUCCACCUAUCCUCCUUGCAUCCCUCUUCCUCUUUUGUUUUCCUAUCCUUGUCUUUCCUCCACUCUUCUUUCCCCCCUCUUUCUUCACUCUGUCGCCCUCCAACACAAGCUGUCCACCCUGCCCCCCCCACCACUAUCCUUCCUCACGCACAUCCUCCCGAGUCUGCUCUUGGCUACUUUGCUCAGCCCCUAGCCCCGCCCACCACCCAAACCUCCGCCCAGCAGCCCCACCCCCGGCUGCCAGCCCUGGCGCUCAGUCGUGCAGUGAGUGUUGAGAGCCCCUAGCUGAGCACGAGGAGCCGAGGAGCCGAGUACUCGCAAGACUUCAACAUGGCUCAGGAGAAAAUGGAGCUGGAUUUCGAGCCUGACACAUCUCACGGGGGCACCCUGAGGCGGUCCAACAGUGCUCCCCUGAUCCAUGUGCUCAGUGACCUCUCACAGGUUUUUCAACCUUAUACAUUUAGAACUCGGAGGAACAGUACAACAAUUAUGAGCCAUCACAGCUUGGUAAGUAUUGAAGAAGAAGGCCUGGAUAUGAUGAACAGAGAAAGUGCUCAUGAAAGGGAAGCGCAAACAUCCAUACAGAUGAGCCAAUCAUGGGAUGAGAGCUUGAGCCUGAGUGAUAGUGAUUUUGACAAGCCACAGAAAUUAUAUUCUCCAAAGAGAAUUGACUUUACUCCAGUUUCUCCGGCACCUUCACCAACCAGAGGACUUGGAAAGCAAUGCUUUUCACCAUCUUUGCAAAUGUUUGUGAGCAGCAGUGGAUUGCCUCCAAGUCCUGUUGUAAAUCCCAGACGGUUUUCAAGCAGGAGGAGUCAGAGCCCAGUCAAGUGCAUUAGGCCCAGCGUUCUUGGCCCCCUUAAAAGAAAAGGUGAAAUGGAGACAGAAAGCCAGCCUAAGAGACUCUUCCAAGGCACCACCAACAUGCUGUCUCCAGAGGCUUCCCAGUUGUCUGAUCUCAGUUCAUGGUGGUGUUAUCAAGGAGAAGAAAUUCCUGCCUUGACCAGAAGUGUGGAGCAUCUCCAAAUGAAUGAAUAGUUACUUACACACACCACAGUGUACAAGAGCCAACGUCCACGAGGCUCCCAGUGUCUCGGGUGGCAUGAUGAGGCCUUAGGUGCCUUGGGGUACAUUGUGCUAUAAAGGAUGUAUAUCAUAAGCUAGCGUGGAAAAGGAAGUUUUGUGUGUAAGCAUUACCUACUGUUUUGCUUGCUGCUUUUAUUUUUUUUUCUGAUUUCUUCUUGUCAUGACGUCGGUUUGUUUCGUUGUGUGUGUACUCCUUGGUGGUUUGGUUAUUGUGUUAUCACGAGAGUAGAAAUGCAGUUCUGGUUGCCUUAUAGAAAGCAGUUUAAUGCCUACAAAAUAGCUUUUCAUUUGACGAAGGAUCUCACUCUAGUCCAGGCUUAUCUGGAACUCACUCUAAUCCUAGGCUGGCCUUGAACUCAUGGCAGUCCUCCUACCUCAGCCUCUCGAGUGCUGGGACUAAAGGCAUACACCAGCAUGACCUGAUUCUAAGGAAGCUUUUAUGAGCUGGAAAAGGCAAUGUUAUUGUGUCCUCUGCUUUUAAGAAGCCGUUUGAGCUACAGGCAGUGGGUAUGCAGUAAGCGUGAGAUACCGCAUAUUCUUUCAUUUUGACAAGAAGAAACUCCCGACUGAACUGUUUAGGAAAUUUGAGUGGAAUCUCUUUUUACAUUAUUUAUUAUUUAUAAUACUAUGUAAAAGGUCUGUGGCACUACAUCAAUGUUCAGACAUCUAAGUGGGUUGUCUCUUUAGUAUGCACAUUUACCAAUAGGAUCAUAAUAUUCCACUUUUUAAAUGAAUGUAAGAAUCAGAAAACUAUUGCACUUACGUCUUUUGAAAGCAAAAUCUUUGGAUGUGCUUUAAAGGCAACCAUAGAUUAGUAAGUAAUUGUAUACACUUGAAGGAAAACCUCUCUCCCAAUUAUUAGAGAAUAUCACUUGGCUUGAAGUAGUACUGUUCAAUCAGACCUGUUCUUGAGUUUAAAUUGUACUCAUCAUCAUAACAGCUAUGAAUGGCUUUGGUUCUCAUGUUGCUUUUGCCUGUGCAAACCCCAUAACCCUUCCAACCCAACAUGAAUGUGCUAUUAUGAAGAUUGUCCCCUUGUGUACUGUUUGAAAGAACAAUGUCUUCAAUGGUAUUCAGUGUAUCCGUCCUGUUAAAGAAACAUGUUCAAAUGAUUUGUUUGUCUUGAUAAUCAUAGAUGUCUGUGUCUUUCAGGAGCUUUGUUCAUCUUUACUGUCUUUUUAUUUUUCCUUAUAGGGACACUUUUUAAUUUAGUACUGUUGAAAAGGAACCUUUGAAACAUGAUUAUUUGAGAUUCAGUGGUGGGGUUAACUGGCGCAGGAAAAUGAAACUGUUCCAGUGGUAUGAAAACUAGGAGGCGAGAUGAUUCACUUUAUUGUUUGAACCAAGGUUUGGGUUUUUUGGGGUUUUUUUUUGCUGUUGUUUGGGUUGUUUAAAUGCACAAGAAAGUCAAGUUUGUGCCAGGAUCGUUUUCAAGGAAAUCAAAGCUAGGAAUAAGCCAACCCACAGAGGAACUUUGUUGACAGUACCCCUUUAUUUUUAUAUAAAGUUUAAUGUUUGAAAUGUAGUUAUUGUUACAAAGUAAAAUUCUCUCUUUUAUUCUAAUAUGAUAUCAUCUAUUUUAAGCUUCUAUUUGGAAACUAGUACAAGAAAUAUGAAAAUCAUAUGAUACUGGUUUUGCUUGACUGGCUUAUAUACUAACUAUGUUUUAUGAUAACUGCUUUUGGAAUAAUAGAAAGUUUUGUGAAAUGUUGACCUAGUGUAUAUCUUAGAAUGCAAAUUUAAUAAAGCAUAUAUACAUGUAUAAAA